GGCUAGUGCUCGUGCCAGAUCCAAGCAGUCGUAGUUUUGUACUUAGCUCGUUAGCUUGUUCUUGUUUUUUUCUUUUCUCGGUAGACGGAGGCUGUUGAGGAACAUAUCAGGGUUCCUUUCUGUAAGCUACACUUUUUCUCCCUUUUCCCUUUUCCUACUUUUUAGUUAUUUCUUUUCCUUUUCUAAAAUUGGUGUGGACAGAACAACUUUGCCAUCAGGGACUUGGAGACACUUGUUUUGAUGUUCUGGAGCCAGUCUGUACCCACUGACAGACACAAGAUUUGUGGGUCAGAUCAUUGUAGGAAAUAUGAGCUCAGCCAAAUCAACUGGGAUCAAAGUCCCGAGCAAGAUAGCUAAGCCACCUGGAACUGGAGCGCCUAAAACAAACCCAGUCACAGCUAAAGUUACUGGGACAGACAAAUCAGCUCCAGGUGCCAGUGGAGGAGAUGAAAAUAAAGCUGAGGAAAACUUCCAGGUCGGGGAGCGAGUUUGGGUGAAUGGAAAUAAACCAGGCAACAUACAGUUUUUAGGAGAGACCCAGUUUGCCCCAGGACAGUGGGCAGGAAUUGUCCUGGAUGAGCCGAUUGGGAAGAACGAUGGCUCAGUUGCAGGUGUGCGCUACUUCCAGUGUGAAGCCCUUCGGGGGAUAUUUACCCGCCCUUCCAAGUUGUCUCGCACAGAAGGAGAGGCCAAUGGAACUCAGACCGCACCGCAGUCCCGUGCUGCGUCGCCCACCCCUUCAGUUGGAAGUGUUGCCCCACAAACACCGGUCACAAACUCCGCAAUGCCCACGAGUGCUGCGACAGCUAAGAAGGCCCCUUCCACUUCGACAGCUGCACCAUCUUCAAACCUUGCACGCACCAACAGCGAAUCUGUCUCCAACCUCUCUGAGAGUGGCUCAGUCAAGAAGGGGGAAAGGGAGCUGAAGAUCGGGGACCGUGUGCUGGUUGGUGGUACAAAAGCAGGGGUGGUCCGUUUCCUUGGAGAAACUGAUUUUGCUAAAGGCGAGUGGUGUGGUGUGGAACUGGAUGAACCACUUGGAAAGAAUGAUGGGGCAGUGGCUGGCACCAGAUAUUUUCAAUGCCAACCCAAGUAUGGCUUAUUUGCUCCCGUUCACAAAGUCACACGCAUAGGUUUUCCUUCCACAACACCAGCCAAAGCAAAAGCAACAGCUCGAAAAGUAGUGGCCACACCGACAGGGCUGAAGAGAAGCCCUAGUGCCUCAUCUAUUAGUACCAUGAGCUCGGUGACGUCUUCUGUUAGCACUAAGCCAAGUCGAACUGGCCUGUUAACAGAGACGUCAUCGAGAUAUAAUCGAAAGAUUUCAGGCACCACAGCCCUGCAGGAGGCGCUGAAGGAGAAGCAACAGCAUAUUGAGCAGCUAAUGGCUGAGAGGGACAUGGAACGAGCUGAGGUUGCUAAGGCCACCAGCCAUGUUGGAGAGAUGGAGCAAGAAAUUGGUGUCCUCCGGGACGAUCAGGAGCAGAUGGAGACAAAAAUGGAUCAGCUGCGGGCCUUAGUGGAAGCUGCAGACAAAGAGAAAGUGGAGUUGCUGAAUCAACUGGAGGAGGAGCGCAGGAGGGUGGAGGACCUUCAGUUUCGUGUUGAAGAAGCUUGCAUUACCAAAGGAGACCUGGAGGUCGCUACUGUGUCAGAAAGAUCUCGCAUUAUGGAUCUUGAGCGAGACCUUUCGUUGAAGACGAGAGAAGUAGCUGACAUGCAGCUGCGUCUUGGGAUCCAACUGAGCUCAGACUCAGACUCAAACUCUGUCUCCCCACUGCUGGAAGAGAUAAACUCUCUUAAGGAUCAGCUGGCAUCUCAAGAAGCUAAAUGGCAAGAAGAGGUGGGGAAGUAUAAAGAAAGACUAGAAGAUCAAGAAAAAACCCAUGGUGAAGCAGUUGCACAGAUUCAGGCUUCGUCUGUAAAGCUGUCUAGUGAGAAAGAGCAGCUACAGAUACGAUUAAGCCAAGCUGAGAAGGAGAAUGCUGACGCUGUAGAGCUAUGGCGUUCCAAAUUGGAGUCUGCCUUGACUUCCCACCAACAAACUAUGGAAGAGCUGAAAGCUUCCUUCAGUAAAGGUGCAGGGGCCCAGGCAGAGGAGCUUGUAGAGGCCAAAAGUGCUCUAGAAAAGCUCAAGAUGGAGCACAAGUUAGCUUUAGAUGAGGCUGCAGCCAAACGUGAAGCUGGUGUCUCAGCCUGGACUCAGGAGAUGCAGGUCCUGAAGGCACAGCUGCGGUCUUUAACCGAGGACAAGGAGCGACUGGGAGAGUCGCUGCGGUCCGGUGUGGAAAAAGCAGAAGAGCAGCACCUUGUGGAGAUGGAGGAUGUUCUUGGAAAGCUUCAUGCUGCUGAAGUUCGAGUGAAGGAGCUUGAGGAGAAAGAAGCAGUCAUGGCACAGCAGGUUCAAGACAAAGAUGGAGAAACCAAAGAGCACAAAGCAGAGAUAGAGGCUCUCAGCAGCCAGUUAGCACAAAAAAGCCAAGAGUCUGUAACUCUCAAGAGUCAACUAGAAAAUGUACAAAAUCAAGGAAACAGCCAUUCUACACAGGUUAAUGAACUGAGCUCACAGUUGGGGAGCAAAGAGCAAGAAGUUGUCUCUUUGCAGCAGAGUCUGACGACUGUACAGCAGCAGAAGGACUCUCUGGAACAAGAGCUUGAAAGCUUGAAAAAUAAAUUGGAUGAAAGCACAGAGAAGCUGGCAAAAUCAGCUAAAACUAUGCAAGAAACACGUGAGAAUCUCAGCAAGAAAGAAGAGCAGUGCACAUUUUUAUCCACAGAGUCGGAGUCUCUAAGGAGUCAGCUUACUGGAUUGGAAAGGAAACUGAAGGCUGCAGAUGAAAAGCUUGAGCAGUUUUCAAAAGAUAAAAGUAAGCUGGAAAAGGAUAUUUUCGAGAUGAUGAAGACAUCUGGUAAUAGUUCAGUUCAGCUGACUAAAAUGAAUGAAGACCUCACACUAAAGGAAAGGAGACUCGAGGAGUUGCAGAAUCAACUCGCAGAAGAGAAGGAGAAGGUGGCACAUUUAGAAGAACUCCAGCAAGAGCAGUCAAAGAAAGAGCAGGAGCUGAAAGAGAAUAGAGAUUUGCAUCUGGUUCAAAUAAGUAGCCUUCAGGAGAAAAUUAAUAACUUGGAGACUACACUUAAACAAAAUGAGAUCCUUGUUGAGGAUCUGAAGGCAUCAAAUAAGAAGUCCCUCUCUGAGGCUUCAGAGCUCAUGGAAGUUACCAUAAAGAAUAAGCUCCUUUCUGCUGAGCUUGACUCCUACAAACAGGAUGUUGAUCAUUUGUCAAAUAAACUGGAAAAGCAGAAUCUAGAUCUGGAAAACCUGUUUAAGGAAAGUGAGGAUGUUAAAACUGAGAGAGACAAGUUAGAGCAGCAGGUUUCUGAAAUGCAGAAUAAGCUUUCUGCCCUUGAGAUUAGUUGCAAAGAGCUUUCAGAGCAGAAUGAAGAGCUGGUAGGAUCAAAACAUGAACUUUUAAAACAUCAAGAGGAACUACUCACUAAUAAAAAACAGUCAGAUGAAGAGAGAAUUUCACUGAAUAAGGAAAUGGAAACUCUCAAGCGCCUCCUUCAGGAGGCACAGACCGUAAACGAAGAACAGCAGCACAGUAAAGCUGAAUAUCUGGCUCAAAUUGAUGAACUUCAGAGACAAAACUCAGAGAAGAACGACUGCGUCCUGAAGCAUCAAAUAGACAUCCAGCAAAUUGAGUCUAAAAAGGAGCAGCUGCUUCAGGAUUAUGAAAACCUCUGCAAAGAAAGGAACCGGCUCGAAGAGGACCUCAGUGAAACCAAAUCAAAACUCACAUCUGAGAGGGACAAUCUUAUAUUAGAGCGAGAUGCAGCUAGAAAUGCCAGAAACUCUCUUGAUGCAAAAAGUGCCGAGCUUCAGGGCAAACUCAAGUCGCUGACUUUAGAAAAAGAGGAUCUUACAAUGAAGAAUACCCAGCUUCAGGCCCUGACAGAAACACUGACAAAAGAGAAGAUCGGGACGUCCUCUGAACUCAGUGCUGCUGCCUUGGACAAAAGACGCCUCGAGACAGAGAAAGAGGAGCUCCAGAAUAAGCUCAGCCUUACAGAGAAAGAGUUGGAGAGGAUUGUCCGUGAAUGUGAGGAGCUUAAAGCCUCUAAAAUGAGCCUGUCUCAGUUGUUGGAAGAAUUCAAAACCAGCAGUCAAGUGACUGAUUCUGAGAGGCUUCACCUUCUGCAAGAAAAAGAGGACCUGCUUGCAAACCAAAGAAAAGUCUCUAAUGAGAAACAGGAGCUCCUUGGGCAGGUGGAAGAGAUCAGAAAGAAGCUGCAUGUCUCAACAGAGCAACUGUCUCGUUCUAAUGAGAAGAUGAAAGAAGCGUUCUCCUCCUUUGAGCAGGAGAAGCAAACGUUGAGCCUUCGGAUUUCAGACACUGAGAUGGCUCUGCAUGAUCUGCGAAAAGAAAAGAUGAGCUUGGAUUCAGCUGUAGAGCAGCAGAAGAUGGAUUAUGAGCGUUUGGCAGUGGAGAAGGGAGAGUUGGAGGAGAAGUACACAAAGUCCAUAUCGGAGAAAGAGGCUCUUGCUUUUGAGCGUGAGAAGCUUGCUAGUGACAUCAGAACAACUAGGGACCAGUUGGACAGAAAUACCAGAGCUAAUGCUGACCUUCAUCAAGACAAGAACCGUUUAAUGACAAUGAUGGAGGAAGCCAAAAAUCAGAAAAACGAGCUGGAAGUUGAAAUGACCACCUUGAAACGGGAGAGGACCGACCUUGAAAGUGAACUGCAGAAACUUCGCUCUGAUGCUGAAAUCCUUGAAAAGACCAAAACUGAACUUGCUGAGCAGAAGAGAAUAAAAAUGGAGUUUGAGAAAUCAAAUUUAGAUCUCGUUCAACAGGUAGAUAACGUUAAUAAAAAUUACCAUCACAUUCAGUCGAUACAAGCUGAGGCUGAAAAUAAAGUGCAGUCUUUGGAGAGGGAGAACCAGGUUUUGCUUCGGGAGAUUCAGGAGUUUAAAAAUCAGAUUGAGUCUGUUUCAGAGGCCAGCAAACUUCUUGAGACAAAGCUACAAGCUGAAUACGGUGAACGAAGUAAAGCCACGUUUGACAGAGACGAUCUUUCCAAACAACUUGAGGACCUUCAGAAAACGUUGUCUACAGUUACACAGGAACGUGAAGAUCUUUCUUCCAGCCUUAAGAAUGCUGAUGAACAAAAGAGCUCUUUAACAGAGGAAAUGCAGACUUUGAAAACCAAACUAAUGCAGAAGGAGCAAGAAAAUUGUGAACUCGUAGAACAAAAGGAACAGCUGUCAUCUAAGCUUGAAGAGAUGGACAAACGGAUAACUUUAAUGGCCACAGAGAAAGAAGAGCUAUUCGCUGUGCAGGCUAAGUUGAAGGCUGAAAUCUCUUCUCUUAGCUCAAAGAAGGAAAAUUGGCUCACCGAACGCUGCUCACUUGUUGACGAGGUGAAGUGUUUGCAGGCUAGCAAGGAACAGCUAGCAGCUGAAGUCGAGGCCCAGCAAACUGAGAGAGAGAAGCUGGAAAAACAGUACAAGGAUGCUCUUGAAGAAGAAAUUUCCUCCAGCAUCUCGGAUCUCACAGCUCAGAAGGGUGCCAUGCAGGUGGAGAGGGAUGAAGCCGCCCAGCGAGUCAGGGAGCUCGAGUCGCAACUAAAAAAUGUCCUUUCUAAGCAGCUUGAGGCUGCCGAGGCUGCAGGGAAGACUUCUGAAGCUCUUGACCUGCUGACGAAAGAGAAAGCCGUUCUGUUGAAGGAGAAGAACGAAGCUCAGUCCCUGCUGGAGGAGCUCCAGAGCUCAAAGGAGGAAAUGCAGACCCAGUUGGAAACUUUGGGGAAAGAGAAUUCCAAGUAUCAAGAGGACCUGAACGUGUCCAAAGAGCAGCUUUGCACAGAAACACAGAAGAUAAAGAGUUUAUGCCAAGACAUUGAGGAACUUAAAGAAUUGGUUUCUGUGAAGACACAAACCCUGCAGACGUUGCAAGAUGAGAACAGCCGGCUGUCCCAGCAGCUUCAUAACGGUCACAAAGACCAGAGUGAACUUGUAGCGCUACAGGAUGAGCAUUUAAAACUCAAAAAAGAGCUGGAAGAGUUGAAACAAAGCCUGCCAAAUAAUGCCUUCAGCGAAAGCACUUUGAAGGAGCAGUCGGACAAGGAGAAGGCCACCCUCCAACAGUCCAUCUAUAAAACAAGUGCCUUAAUCUCAGAAAAGGAGCAGCAGGUGGAAAACCUGAAGAGUGAGCUGGCUGCAGUGCGUGAAGAAAGUGCCUCAGUUAAGAAGUUGCAGAGUACAAUUCAGGCCUUGGAGCAGGACAAAGCUUUUCUACGGGAGCAAAUCCAGAGACUAGAGAAAGACCUCACUGCUGGACCCGACGAUGUCAACAAGGCUUCAGGUGAUGUGAUUUUGGACCAAAUGAAAGAAGAUAGAGAGACUGCAGAGGGUCAGGCAGCGAUUGAGUUCCUGAAUUCAGUCAUUGUUGACCUUCAGAGGAAAAAUGGGGAACUCAAAGACAAACUGGAGAAAAUGGCAGCUGCUGCUCUCAAUGGGAACGAUCCGAGUGAACUAGAUAACAGUGAUGGCUUUGAGAAUCAGCCCGUAAAGAAAAAGCCUCCCCCGAGACUGUUCUGCGACAUCUGCGACUGCUUCGACCUCCACGACACGGAGGACUGUCCCACUCAGACGCAGAUUCCAGAUUCGCCUCCUCACACCACCUACCACGGCAAUAAGGAUGAAGAGCGACCCUACUGCGACAUCUGCGAGGUCUUUGGCCACUGGACCGAAUCCUGUAACGAUGACCAGACCUUUUAAAAGCCUUUGUAAACUCGUUCGCACAAUCAGUAAAUUUGCACAUCAUGUUCGGUUACGCUCUGCUUUUCAGCUCCUAGACCUACUGUUUUCUGUGUGCUCGUUUCUGCCAAGUGUCUUUGUUGUCCACGCCAGCCUUUAAGCUCUCCUGUCAGAGCAACCAUCAGAGCUUUCCGAGACAUCCAGAAACGCGUCACAUUGAAGUUUUUGUUUGCAAUCGUAAGUGACUUUCAGUGUCCUGGACUAGUGUUGAGUGGGAGAGCUCUGUAAGUGGAUGUACUGGUCUGAGACGAGCGUUGGGCUUCCUCAGAUCAGAUAAUUUAUCAAUAUUUGCACAGAUUGUCCGGGGCUACAAGAAUAAAAUGGUAUAAAAAGUGUUUAUUUGAAGCUGUACAAUACUUGAUUGAAAAACAAAUGUCAGAUUGUGCAAAAAAGAAAAUGGUGAGCUAAAGUUUAUUUUUCUAUGUUUGGAAAUGCUAUGUACUCUUAAAUGGUUUGAUAAUGUGUCAUUUUAUGAUGGAAGACAAUUUGCUCACUGCUGUUUGGAGUGAAGCAGUAAAACUCACUUUUUUUGGCUUUAAUGGGAGUUUUUUUUAUAGUUUCCUUUAAAUGGAUUGCUGGAAGAUUGGUAAGAAACUUCACGUUUACUGUAAAACCUCACCU